CAGUAGUGGAUCGGUAAUUAUCUGGUCGUAGCUAGUUUGGAGGCUAGCUGUCAUCCUUAAUCCUGUAUUAGACCUUGAAUUAUGUCUGGAGGGCACUGUACACAUUCGUAAUGUCAAUACCUCCAAGGGAGUCCUAAACUGUUCACUUGCAGUUUACAAUUUGGUGUUGAAUGGCAUCAGUCACGCCAUGUCAGUGCAAUCACGUGGAAAUAUUGAACUAUUCAAUGCGUGGAACCCUGCCAGUAGACAGAAGCAACACUACUAGUAAUUGUAACGUUAGUUUCCUAAGCCUGAUCUGAACCUCGAGCCCGCUGAUGAGCAAUGUUUCGUAGUAGCCUAACGUCCAAUGUACUGCAGUCCAGACGUCUAUUUAUAACGUAACACAGUAAUAAAUAGCUGGUGAAAUUGCUCGGAAUUUUCUUUAAAAUAACAUAACGGAAAAAAACAACUAAGAUUGCCUACAUGCUAAUGUUAAGUUAACAUUCAUUCCGGAACUGCUUUCUCAGGCUUAUGUUCAAUGGUUUCAACCGGAACUCCACACCCUAAACAGGAACCAGACUAUUCUUGGUUACUUGUCUCUAUUAUAGCCGUAAAUAAUUUUGUACCAUGUGACUGUCGUAAACGAACUAAAUUGAUGUCCUUGGAUUUUCUAGUAGAACAAGCAGUUUGCUAGUUGCUAGCAAUCUAAGUAUGUCUACUUCAAAGACCACAGGGCGGAAAGCAUUGGACAUUUUAAAAACCUUGCCAAGGGUAUCAUUAGAAAACCUCAGACCAAACCCAGGAGCAAGGAAAACUGAGAGGCAGCGAGGCAGAGGUCUCCAUGGAGGAUGUAAAAGUGGUCGAGGUCACAAAGGAGAGAGGCAACGAGGUAACCGUCCUCGUUUGGGGUUUGAGGGAGGACAGACCCCUUUUUACCUGGUGAUUCCAAAAUAUGGAUACAAUAAAGGACAUAGUCGGCAGCCACAGUAUCAGCCUUUAAGUCUGAAAAGACUUCAGUAUUUAAUAGACCUUGGCAGAGUGGACCCGACUUACCCAAUUGAUCUUACCCAGUUGAUAAAUGGCAGGGGGGUGACAGUGCAACCCCUGAAGAGAGACUAUGGAGUACAACUAGUGGAAGAGGGUGCUGAUAUCUUUUCUGCAAAGGUCAAUAUUGAGGUUCAGAUCGCCUCUGAGGGUGUAAUUGCUGCCAUAGAGAGAAAUGGUGGUGUCAUUACAACUAGUUUCUAUGAUCCUAUAACUCUCGGCAUCCUCUGCAAGCCUGUUCCAUUUUUCCAGAGGGGUCAACCCAUCCCAAAGCGAAUAUUUCCAGGGGAAGACUCGAUUCUGUACUACACUGAUGCCAAAAACCGAGGUUACCUGGCAGACCCAGAGCAGCUUUCGCAAGCCAGGCAAGAACUGGCCCAGAAGUAUGGUUAUGUUUUACCAGACAUUUCCAAGGAUGAGGCAUACCGCAUGUUGGCGAUGAGGAAGGACCCACGGCAGAUUUUCUUUGGCCUGUCUCCUGGCUGGGUGGUCAACAUGGCAGAGAAGAAGAUUCUAAAACCAACCGAUGAAAAGCUGCUCAGAUACUACAAUUCUUGAAAAUACAUUAACUAAAAAGUUAUGUCGUAUGUAAAAUACUGUCCUGAUUGUAAUCACAUACUUAUUGUUUGUAUCAGUUUUCAUGCAAAUUUGCAGUAAAAUACAUAAUAUCUCUG